UAAACAAUGUAUUGGGCAAAAUUGCUAAUGUUAGAUCUGCAGGAAAUGAUAAUACUUUGAGGAUCCAAAAUUUGAAUUUUUGAAAUUUUACCUAUUCAGUUUGCAAAAAGUUGGUUUCAAUUGGUAUAUUAGGGUAGAAUUAUUAGGGUACUGGUGGAGAACCUUUAUUUACUACCAUUUGCUCUUUAUGUCCCUCUUGCCCUUUCUUGCUAUGGUUUGCCUUACGUUCAAGAAAUAAAUUUAUGAAUAUUUUACGAAGGGAUGUGGGUAACACUUAAUUUUAUGCCGCGUCUGCGUGUUUGCGGUUGCGUGGGGGCGUUGUGGAGCAAUGUCUUGGGUCUUGGCACAGUGAUUCUGUGGUCUCUGUGGUCUUGGCGUCGUGCCCCGGAAAGAGGCCAGAUCCUUGUUCGCAUUGUAAUGGUAAUAAUUCAGUUCAAUUUGAAUCGAUUUUAAAACCCUUCUGUUGUAAACAUUAAUUUUUGAUGGGAAAUGGCGAUUGUGUUCUCUCCGACACCAGGCACCGAGCAAUAGCUUCAUUAUGAACCUGAAGACAAAAGAUUUAUUUCUUCUUUUCUUAGUCUAUUACCAGUGGCAAGUGUCAAUGGCAGGUCAAUCAAAUCUGCAAAUCUUGACUUCUUCAUUGGUAUUUUUGGACAGCUCAAGACAAAGUUUCCAACAGAAAGUGACAUCAAGGCUUGAAUCCAUGACAAGAUACAUUACGUCUGCCACAAUAAAUGACAUAAUGACAAUCAAUACAUCUUUCCCAACUACAACAGAUGUAUUUUCAACUACGACCAGUGCAAGCAGUAUCGUUUACACAACAAUACACACCCCACAUGUAUCAUCUAUCAAUUUGAUGAGAGCUGAAGCAAAGUUGCUAAGUACAAAUGUUUCCCAAGAAAACAUUAUCCAAACACCAUUUCCUACUGCCACAAAUUUCAACUUGCAAAUAUUGAAUUCAUCCACUCUGCAGUUUACUCGGAGAUCAACAUCAAAAUCACUGCACAAUACAUCAACAGCUAAUACAAUAAACUGGCAAAGACUUGCAAUAAACUCAACAUUAAUAUCUUCACCAACAUACAUAUCAUCCACAAAAAGUAUAAAAGAAAACAAGACAUCCCUACCUUCACACACAGUAUCAGAAAACAUUUAUCUCAAUUUCAGCAGCACACAAGGUGCAAACUUUCAUUUAGGAUUUCUAGAAAAAUCUAUCUUUUCAACACACUCCACGAAUCAGAGCUCUAUUUAUAAAGUUAAAGAGUCACCCAUAUAUUCAAACUCUUUUAGGAAAUCACUCAGUUCAUCUUCUACCUUGGAAAGAAAUGCCUCACUGUUAUUGUUACAAAGAAGCACUUCAAUGCUGCAGGAACUGAAUGGCCUCAAAAAGUUUUAUCAUACAGCAUCUUUGAUGUCUUUUACACAAACUUCAAAGUCAGCUGCUACUUCACCAAUACCACACAUUAAUACCUUUGUUGUUACUUCGUCAAUACCACACAUCAUUUUAUCAUCCACAUAUGGGUCAUCAGUUAGACACACUUCAAAGAAUCCUAAUCAGUUUCUUAAAACUUUACUUAAAUAUGGGGUGUUCUCAACAAGAACAAAAGUUUCUGUAGUAGUUGAAGCCUCUGUUUCUGAAAGAAAGACAAAUAGAAAUAUCCGAACAGUUUCAAGAUUCAAACCAGAAAGGACACCAGUGAGAGUUUUGGCCAUUUCUUCAAGUAGUGCUGCAGCACAUACCUCAUCCUCUUUACUGGCAAGUCAAACUCCCACUAUAAAAACAGAAGUCAGGAUACCACAUAAAAAAUCUGAAGGCUUUCCUGCUUGGAUUGCAAUCCUGUCAUCAGCAGGGGCACUUACAGCCAUCAUUACUAUUGUAGCUGUUACAUUCAAGUUUGUAAGAUGGAACAAAGACCAUGGUGAUUACGCGUUGUGGGUCUCGAAUCUGGAGCUGCAGCCAAUUACAUCAAGGAAUGCAGAAGUUUUGACUUGACCUGGUUUUGAAGACAAAGACUUCUGUGGUUAUUUAAUUUUUAAUUUAUCAAAGAUAAGUCGUCAGUGACGUUAAAAAUUGUAAGUAGUUUUAAGAUGCAUCAAAACACACGUAAAAAGCUGGACUUUAAGCACAAUAUAAAUUAAAAAGUAAAAUUAAAUCAAAGAACUAAAUUAACACACAGAACAAGAGAGCUAUUUAAUUGAUUCAAAUUAUUCCUAGUUUUGUCAAAAUAAGUGAAAUUCAACUCUGCUGUUACAGAAAUUUGCAAGGCAAAACCUGAGUUGUGAGCUUUUAACCUACACCAUUCAUCCUGAAAUCAUGUUUCUUUGUUUGUUCUUUAAGCUUGAAAUCUUGAAGAACACCAAAAUUUCCUUGUUUAACAUUAUCUACAGUGCAUGGAAAGUUCUUUCUAGUAUCUUCAUUUAAGUGAAAUUAUUCAAUAUUAUCACAUUUUUUUAAUUACAUGCAAAACAGUAAAAUAAAUUAAUAUUGUUAAAUUUAUAAAUUAGAAGGACACCAAGUACAAUUUUCUCUACUUGUAGCUGGAAAUUUAUUUAAUUGUAAGUAACACUUUCUGUAACAAGCUAGGAUGGGUUGUGUUUCUGCUCACCUAACCUGUCUUAUUGUCACCAAGAGAUGUAAUUAUCAAGUAACAAAUGCGUUAUUUAAAUACCAUUCAUUUUUUACUUUUAAAAUUAGUUAAAAAGUUUUGUAUGUUUAACUUAUUAGGGUAACUUCUUUAAGUAUUUAAUUUAUCAUGGAGUGAAUAGAAAAUAAUUUAAUGCUUGAGAUAUGAGUGAUGGACAAUAUUAGUUGCUUAAUUUAUUUCUUUGUUAUUCUUUGUCCCUAGUAUGCAGGUUCAUACAUAACUUAUGCAGAUAGUCAUCAAAAACAUUGUUUCAACGUUAACCAGCCCCUCUCUGUCACUGUAAUGUGAAAUAAUUUUUUAUAUGGUUACAUAGAUAGUUAGAAGUGGUUACAGAGAUAGGCAGAAGUAACAAAAGAGGUUUUUGCAAAAUAUAUUGUUUUCACUCUUUCAAAAUAUAUGAACAAUAGGGAAAGAUAAAAUAAAGAUAGAAGGAAAAUCAUCACAGCUUUAUUUUAUUACAUCAUCAAUUGCAUUGUCUGUUUUAUCCUUUCUCUUCAUAUGUACAAGAGCCAAAGCCAUAACAAGUGGUAGAUGGGCCAAACUAAACCUAAAAAGUUUUCUUGAAGAAUUAUUAUUUGAGUCUUUAUAGAACCUCCAUGACAAGUAGGUCAAGUACAGAUUCACAGGAGUCACAGUCAACAUAAACCACCAAUUUGUCACAUCUAAAAUUGGAAGCAUCAGUGACAAUGGUAUUUGUGCUACACUAUGGCGCACAGUAACACGUCUACAGAGAGCUGGAUCGGUAACUGCCAUCAUUCUGUAACCAGCUGGAAAAAAAGGUAACAACAAAUUUGUAUAAAUUUAUGAGACAGGAUGAACAAAGAACAAAUUAAGGUAUUACUAUUGUACUACUGUUCAGUGGUAAAUGCAAGGGAGGGAAAGGGAGCCUAAACUCUACUUUAAAGAAGCAUAGGCCUUGAGAUGUGCCCCAAAAUGGAAGAAAAUUAGCACAACAGGAGUAGUAAGUAUCACAUCUUUACAUAAUUAAAAGAUGCAAGCUAUUUAAACAAAAACAUGUUUGAUUCCAAUACCUUUGACUAGGACUCAAAUACAUGUUUCAUGGGUACCAUAUUUACUCUAAUAUUCCCGCUUCUCUUUUAUUCCCACCUCUCUAGUAAUCCUGCUUGUAUUUCAUAGAAUGUAAGAAUAAUCCCGUCUCCCCAGUAAUCCCGCAUGCGGGAUUGAAACUUUUGAUUGGCAUUUGCUUUUCUUUACACACUUUGUAUGGGCUUCAAAAUCAAAGAUAGUAACUUAUGCUUGGAGUGAAUGGGUUAAAUCACAUGAUAAUGUCGUAGGCGGGAGAGGGCAGAGAGCUGUCUUAUUUUGCGAGUUUAUCAAGCAUCCAAGUCUCGCAGCAUAAAAAGACGUUCGAUUUUUUGACUUCAUACUACUGUCUAUGAAGCAUUGAAAAAAAUAAUCCCAGCUCUCCAAUAUACCCACCUCUAAUAAUCCUGCCUUUUUUUGUUAGGUUGAAACGCUAAUCCCGCAGUAGGAAUAUUAGCGUAUAUACGGUAUAUAUGGCGUAGCUGUAGACAGAUGUGCCCCCCCAGGGAACUCUACUGUACAGUGGCAGCAUAUACAACUGCUGUUGUUAUAGCAUAAUGAAGUGCAUUGUAGAAAUUCAAUUUAAAGUAGUAAUUCCUGUUUAGCUAUGUUUCAAAUAAGAGAAUUUGAGGUAGAAAUGAGAAGACAUUUCGCAUUUAUGAAAAAUACAAUAUAUCCUCAAACUGAUCAGAAUACUUCAUUUUUUCUCCUUUAUUUCUAGGGCAGUCUCAUAAUAAGCUUUAGAGCAAAAAGCAAUUGUUCAACAUCAUUUCCUUGCCAAACUUGCAAAUUAAGUAUACAUGUCCCUAGCUUCAAGAAAUAUUUAAAAAAGGUAAGUAAUUAGCUUCCUAAACUUUUGUUUUCUUUCUACUUCUUUAUCUUGAUCUAAUGUAAAAGUUGGGUCAUAAUUAGAAGGUAAAAUGGUUGGUCUGUAUACCUCUUGAAUAGUCAGGUCGAUAACUCCAACUUAGAGCAUUAAAAUGAGGAAACUGCCAACAAUAAAGUAUUCCAGCUAGGACCCAAGCGCCAAGACCAAGAUCUCCAGUUGCAGCUGCCCAGCCCAUGAGAGGUGGGAUUCCCCCAACUACAGAUCCUAUCCAUGUGUUUGCAAUUGACUGCCUUUUUGAAGCUGUGUAGAUUCCAGCAUAUAAUAUUAUGUUGAGGGCACCUAGAAUGGCAGAAUUUGAGGACUGUGUAUAUUCACUGAAAACCCUUGAAAGUUUUACACCAAUGUAAGUAGACAAAUGGGACGCACUGCCACAGGAAAUGACUUUGUUUUAAAUUAUAUAUACAGGCCUGGCCGUUUGUAUUUUUAUAGGUGAGCUGUGAAUCGCUCCCCUCAUUUGCUGAGGCGAGCUAAAUCAGUAACACAUAGAAUGUAAUUUAAAGACAAUCGACAGAUGACUUAAUAAGCCCCUUUAGUAUCUGUCGGUUGCCUUAAUAUAAUUGCCUCAGUCAGGAGUGUUAUGUUUUACUUCUUUCAAUUUGUAUUUGCUUUAACCGUGACUUAGGCACCCCCUUUACUUGAAGUAUUUGAAAGAACAGACUCUCUCCGUUUUAUGUAAAGCUGGCACAACACAAAAACAACAAUUCUCUUGCAAAACAAUCUUUUUGUUGCACAGAAUUUGAAAAUGGCUUUCAAAAACAAAUUUUGAAACAAACUUAAUUAUACGUCUAGCACUCUUCAGAGAAUAAAACGUCAGAACAUAGAAGGAAAACUCUACGCUCAAAUACCCAGUUUUGGAUCGGAAUAGGCCAUCAGAAAACGCGAGGACAUGACUGUUGAGGUUUUCCAAUAAGUGCCCCUUUCCUAUUGAAAAUGUUACCAACUGCUACAUAGAUGGAACGAUGAUCAGGCUUUGCCAAUAAUGCGAAACAUGUCGCCGUUAUAGUUUUUCACCCAAUCUGGGUUUUUCAGUAAA